GUUGCCCGCCGAGCGUUUGCGGGCCGAGCGGUUUGCGGAGCCGGCCUGGGAGGGCUGCGAUCGGCUGCUCCACCUGCGCCCGCCUCCCGCGGCGCCCUCGGCUCGGUCAAGAUGAAUCCCGUCGUCUUGGUCCACGGUGGCGGAGCCAGCAGCAUCUCCCAGGACCGGAAAGAGCGAGUGCGCCAGGGCAUCUCGAAAGCAGCGACUGGGGGCUACAACGUCCUCAAGGAGGGAGGGAGCGCAGUCGAUGCUGUGGAAGAAGCAGUGACCAUCCUGGAGAACGAUCCCGAGUUCAACGCAGGUUGUGGGUCUGUCUUGAACACAGAAGGUGACGUUGAAAUGGAUGCCAGUAUCAUGGACGGCAAAGACCUGUCCACAGGAGCAGUGUCUGCAGUGCGCAAUAUAGCAAAUCCCGUCAAACUUGCGCGGCUUGUUAUGGAAAAGACACCUCAUUGCUUUCUGACGGGUGAAGGUGCGGGCAAAUUUGCAGCAGAGAUGGGGAUUCCAGAGGUUGCCAUGGAAGAACUGAUAACAGAGAGAAGCAAGAAGCAACUGGAAAAAGAGAAGCAUGGGAACGGAGCCGAGAGAUCAGACUAUCCAAAAAACUCGGCGGGCACUGUGGGUGCCGUGGCCUUGGACUCCAAAGGAAACGUGGCUUAUGCCACCUCGACAGGGGGUAUCGUUAAUAAGAUGGUUGGCCGAGUUGGGGACUCACCAUGUGUAGGAUCUGGAGGUUACGCUGACAAUAACAUCGGAGCCAUUUCCACGACGGGGCACGGGGAGAGCAUCCUGAAGGUGAAUCUAGCCAGGCUCACUCUCUUCCACAUGGAACAAGGAAAGACCGUGGAAGAGGCCGCGGACCUGUCGUUGGGUUAUAUGAAGUCAAAGAUCAAAGGUUUGGGUGGCCUCAUCUUGAUCAGCAAAACAGGAGACUGGGUGGCAAAGUGGACCUCUACCUCCAUGCCCUGGGCAGCCGCCAAGGACAACAAGCUGCACGUUGGCCUUGACCUUGGUGACACCACGAUCACAGACCUGCCCUAAACCCCUGAAAUUUGUAUUCUAGGUGAUAACUUGGAGGUAAAACUCAUCUGCCUGCUGGGGAGAUGCCACUUAAUCAAUUAGAUUCAGAAAUGGAAAAAUUACGCAAUCUGUCCCUCAUUUUGUUGCCUUGAUCAAUAAGUAUCUGAAUGUUUGGUUGAGGGUGUGGUUCCAAAGCAAUAAGAGAAAUACCCAUAUUAAUAUCCAAAUAAGGGGCCGGGGUUGUGGCUCAGUGGCAGAACACUUGCCUCGCACAUGUGAAGCAGUGGGUUCGAUUCUCAGGACCACCUAAAAAAAUAAACAAAGAUAUUGUGUCCAUCUACUAAAAAAAUAUGUCCAAAUAAGACCAGUGAAGAUGACAGUCUCUAGCCAGCAGUCUCCAUUGUGUAAGGUUAAAAAGAAGGGAGGAUACCUUGGCCCAGUGCAGGGAGCCUUUUGGGAUUGGGAGACUCAAAGCUUGCAGGUGAAGGACCAGAAAGGGACCAGUUCCGCGAAGGUGCCUGAGUGAGGUGGGAGAAGCUGCAGGAAUGUGACAAGGACCCUUGGCGGAAGAGUGAACAUUCUCGAAGGGAGGUGUUCUUCAUCUGAGAGAGGGAAAACAGGUUUUCCUAAGAAAGCUCAGUUCUGCAGCUGACCAACAUGGACGUGUUUCCCGAUGCUUGCAAAGGACCCUCUGAUCACCCGUAGCUCCCCCAGCUGGAGACAAGGGACAAUAAUGGAAACUUGGGGUGGGGGGUGCUUUGAGUCUUAAGGGUUUUCUGGGUUCACCUAGCAUUCUCCCACAAGCCAGCCCCUACCUGCCACAGACCCCCGUCCCCACCCAGGGAGUCACAGGGCUCCGCCUCUCCAACAGCGGGGAGUGGCCAAUCAGUGGAGAAAUGACACCGUAAUUUACUGAGGACACAGACUCUCUAGAGCUUUGGGGCCCCCCUGAAUGUACUGAGAGGGCAUUGUUCAGUGUGUUCAGCGUGAUAAAGUCAUUUCCUUGGUGAGAAAUAUCCCCGUCCAUCUCACUGCACUGGAAAUGGUCUUUCUCCUGUGACACAUCUGCUCAGUUAUUUAGUCUGCCAGGGCUUACCUUCUCUCUGGAAACUCGUUGCUUAACUCGAAAUUCCAUGUGCCACUAAUAAAAUGUGUUUUGAAAGAAUAA